AUGAGUGUUGAAUCUAUGGCUUUCAAACAAAAGAAGCGAGUGAAGAACACAAAGAACAAGUACCUAAAACCUGGUGCGCUUGCUCAGAUCCGAUAUAGCAGGAGCUCAAGCAAAUCGUGCACGGAUAUUGGGAAGAAAAGGAUCGUGUUGCAGUCAGAGAAGGCGAAGAUUGAUCUGCUUAAUCGGGAUGAGGUCAUUCAGAGCGAUUCACCGAUCGUGUCUCCCAUUAGGGUCAGCUCUCAUCUCGCAAUGGAUGAUGCUAAGCAGCAGAAGCUUCCUCUGACACCUAAAACACCACAGAGUGUAGAUUGUGAUAGUCAAUCAAGACUCGAAUCUCUUCCUAUGGAUAUUCUGGUCAAAAUCCUCUGCCACCUGCAUCAUGAUCAGCUACGAGCUGUUUUCCAUGUUUCCCAGAGAAUUCGAACAGCUGUACUACUGGCCAGGCAAUUGCAUUUCAAUUACACGACCCCAGACCGGUCCAGGCAAGAGAUGCUCAACACCAAGACUCCGGUGCCGACCGAACAUUGGCCUUUUGUGAGGUACAUGACUCGAUGGACACAUUGCAGCUCGUCGUUCCUACUCAUUUCAUUCCUCCUCUUCUUCUCGGCUUACUACAUCCUUGUGGAUUUCCAGCAAGGCAGAUGGAAAGAGGCCAACCCCGCACACACCGAAAGCUCCAAGACACGGCCCUCGUCCUCGCCUUCACCUGAUGGACAUGAGGCAGAUCGCAGCUGUCCUGUUCCAGGAGUCGACACUCCGUCCGGGGCGAAUCAUGCCACCGGGUCUGCCGAGGCCAAUCUUUAA